CCAUGGCCACCCCGGUACAAACGCCUUCUGUCCUCUCAAGCGUUCCUCCUCGCCUAGCUUCAACCAAGAACAAGAACCGGCCACCGCCACCUCGCCACCUCCUUUUCCAAGAAGUGUCGCCGGCGUCCACCGAAGCACAGCGGAACCAUGAAGCGCCUGCUCAGACGGCUCUCCCGCGUGGCCGCGGCCGACGCAUGCACCGCCACCGGCGCGUACCAGCCGCUCCGCUCCGACGCCGCGGCAGCGAAGGGCUCCUCCGCCGCAGCUUCCUCACCGUCCUCGUCCUCCUUCUUCGGUGCGCGGCGGCUCGGCAGCAGCGCGCGCGUGCCGGAGGGGCACGUGCCGGUGUGCGUCGGCGAGGAGGGCGGGCCCGUGGAGCGCUUCGCCGUGCGUGCCGAGCUGCUGGGCCGGCCUCCGUUCGCGGCCCUGCUCCGGCGCGCCGCGCAGGAGUACGGGUACGGCCACCCGGGCGCGCUCCGCAUCCCCUGCGCCGUCGCCGACUUCCGCCGCCUCCUCCUCGGCCUCUCCGACGCCGACGACGACGCGCCGUUCUACCACUAGCCUACCACCCUUCUUCCCCUGAAAGCAAAUCGGUGAUGAACCAGCGAAGCAGAGCCAAGUGCCAGCUGCUGCACUUUUACCGACCUGCGCGUGGGAUGCUGUACAUAGGGAGGGCUUGCAGGGUCGGUUGAGGGUAGGACGGGGAUUUCGCCAGCUCAGCAAUUUUAGCACCUGCUGUCUUGUGGGGAUUAGCGGUGGUAUUAUGUUUUCUUUCUUCUUUUCAGUGCUCAUCUAGCUCUAGCUCUAGAUCUAGCUCUGGUAGUUCAGUAGUUUGCAAUGGAGCAUCUUCCUUCUUUUGCUAGGGAUUUUUUAGGUCUUGGCAGCAAUCAUGUAAGCCAUAUGGUUAACCUCAUGUUUCUGAAAUGGAUGAGUGUUGUACUGCAAAUGGAAUCUGUUAGUUCCAAGAUCUGGGGAUGCAAUGCAGUGCUCUUUUAUC